GAGGGGUCGCCGGUUGUGGGGACGCGCCGGGCCGGGCAGCCGCUCUGCGGGCUGCUCGCGCUGCGGCCCCGACCCUCCCGGGGCAGCAGCCCGAGGCCCCGGCGCGUCCCCUAACCAUGCUGGUAGCGGCGCUUCUCUGCGCGCUGUGCUGCGGCCUCUUGGCUGCGUCCGCUCGAGCUGGCUACUCGGAGGACCGCUGCAGCUGGAGGGGCAGCGGUUUGACCCAGGAACCUGGCAGCGUGGGGCAGCUGACCCUGGAUUGUACUGAGGGUGCUAUCGAGUGGCUGUAUCCAGCUGGGGCGCUGCGCCUGACUCUAGGCGGCUCUGAUCCGGGCACGCGGCCCAGCAUCGUCUGUCUGCGCCCAACACGGCCCUUCGCUGGUGCCCAGGUCUUCGCUGAACGGAUGGCCGGCAAUCUAGAGUUGCUACUGGCCGAGGGCCAAGACCUGGCUGGGGGCCGCUGCAUGCGCUGGGGUCCUCGCGAGCGCCGAGCCCUUUUCCUGCAGGCCACGCCACACCGGGACAUCAGCCGCAGAGUUGCUGCUUUCCGAUUUGAACUGCACGAGGACCAACGUGCAGAAAUGUCUCCCCAGGCCCAAGGUUUUGGUGUGGAUGGUGCCUGCAGGCCCUGCAGUGAUGCCGAGCUCCUUCUGACUGCAUGCACCAGUGACUUUGUGAUCCAUGGGACCAUCCAUGGGGUCGCCCAUGACAUGGAGCUGCAAGAAUCAGUCAUCACUGUGGUGGCUACACGUGUCAUCCGCCAGACACUGCCACUGUUCCAGGAAGGGAGCUCGGAGGGCCGGGGCCAGGCCUCCGUUCGCACCUUGUUGCGCUGUGGUGUGCGUCCUGGCCCAGGCUCCUUCCUCUUCAUGGGCUGGAGCCGAUUUGGCGAAGCUUGGCUGGGCUGCGCUCCCCGCUUCCAAGAGUUCAGCCGUGUCUAUUCAGCUGCUCUCGCGGCCCACCUCAACCCAUGUGAGGUGGCACUGGACUGAGAGACCUGAGAGCAAGCCCUGGAUGGAUCUUCCUCUGGGGAUGGGGUGUUGGGGAGGGGUGAUAGGAGGGUGGGUGGGAAGGGUGUGGAUCUGAUGGCAUCCGGGUACCCACAGUGAGGUGGUAGAAUACUAAAUAACCUGGAUCACACCGGCCACUGUAGACAUGGUCUUCUGUGACAGGCAGGCUCACUCAGCUCUGCUCCUGCCUCACUUUACCUACUCUGCAGUCUGCUGCCCUUCUGACCCUUCUUAGCCUGCUGACCAGUGAGCUCCUGUUUUCCUCUCUCUCCAGGGUGCUGCUGGGGUUCAGAGCAACUGUGUCAUAUUUUGGAA